AGGAGGAGUCUGGCUGGGAGGAGGUAAAAGGGGCAGCCGUGGGACACGAUCUUCAGUACCUGAUCAGUUACAGACUGUGAAGGAACACUGGAUAAGGAUAGACCAAUGGCUACAAUGAAACUGUUACAGGACAUGGAGGAUGCACCAAACGAAAGAAAGUUCAUAAAAUCUCAGGUGGAGAAACGUAGAAGGGAAAGAAUGAACCGCAGUCUGGAGUGUCUGAGGACCAUGUUGCUGCAGGAACCACAACAACUGGGCGGGACUCAGCACAGAGUGGAGAAAGCUGAGAUACUCGAGCACACGGUCCUCUUCCUCCAGAACACUGCCAAAGGAGACAACACAAGAGCUGGAGGUGGUGGUGGUGGUGGAGGAGGCCAGAAGCACUCCUUCCAAGACGGCAUCUCCACCUGCCUGCAGAGAGCUGCUCACUUCCUGGGCCCCGAGGGUAAAGGCCUGUGGCUCGGAGCAGCGCUGGAUGCAUCUUUUGGCGUCCAGAGGAGACCUGAUGCUCAGUCCUCCUCCAGCUCCCUGCCGCACACAAAGUCCAUUCUUCGGAUGCUGAGGCAAAAGUCCAAGCACAGACUGCAUUCACAAGCCUUCAGCGUGAACAGUUUUGCUCAUCCGUACCCACUUCCGGUCCAGCAUGGGUUUCCCAGAAUUCCUCAACAGCCUCAGAGACAGCUUGAGAUCAGGGUGGAGAGACAAGUAGGCAAACAGAGCCCGUCCCAGAGCCAUCCAGUUAACCAGACAGUGUGGAGGCCCUGGCCUUGAUCAGUCAACUCUGAAAGUGAAUUUGUAAUGACUCUAACAACUGAUUCAUAUUCACCGGUGCCAUCUGUACUCUUCCUGAAAGAACAUGGUCUUGCAAGCAACGGCCUCCAGUCUUCUGAUAACGCAUGAAAGUGUUUGCUAUUCACCUCAAAGCCUGUAAAUAAUGUAAAAAUGUCAUUUGUACAUGUGCUGUGUGUGUGAUAGGGUUGACUCACUACUAUUGUUUAAUGGUUUCGAAUGAGCGCAGUCAGUUGGGCAGCCAUAUAUUCUGCUGACAGGCACAGGGACUCACCCAGACUGGGACAGACGUGAGCCGGAUCAUGUGGCUGAGGCUGAGCCGUCCGGCUGGAACUGCUGCUGUGCUCAAGAGCAAGUUUAGAGGUGAGUAUCAUGGAGCCAAAGAGUUUCUGUCCACCUUCACAUACUGCUCAAAACUCUCCUCUGCGUCUGCUGUCAUUGUUCAAGAGUGUGGUACUGAAGUGGAUAAUGAUUGAGUGUCCAUUCAUCACAUUUCCAGGUGUGGGACCUCAGGGUUCGAGGCCAGGAGAGCCCCAUGGAGCCCCUCACAUUCACCUGUGGGCCAUGAUUUCUGCCAGCAUUAAUGACAUCUGUGGCUCUAUGUACAAUAUAACGUGUAUUGUCUUUAUAUUUUAUAUAUUUUGUCUAUUUUGCACACUAAUUUAUUAUGAAUGUCUCCCUAUGGUGAGCAGUACUCUUUUUUUAUACAAAAAUAAAAACAUUU